UUUUUCUUUCCAAUAAUGACCCCAGUAGAUUCUUGUUAACCUAAAUACAGCAGCAAAAACAGAGAAAUAUGAAAACGAAGAAAUGGCAGAGAUAGUUGAAUUGCAGAGAAAUUCAGCAAAUUGGGUUAAGGUAGUUGACGAUAUAGUGAGAAUAGAGAAGAAGAUUUUCCCCAAACAUGAAUCUUUAGCUCGAUCUUUUGAUGAGGAACUGAAAAAGAAGAAUUCUGGGUUACUCUACACUCAAUUAGUGAAAGAGAACUACAGGGGACAAGGCCAUGGAGAAAAAUUACUGGAGGCAGCAGUGCAGAAAUGCAGAACAAGAAACGUUCAUCGGAUAUCGCUUCAUGUAGAUCCUACAAGGACUGCAGCUAUGCAGCUAUACAAGAAACUCGGUUUCCAAGUGGAUACUCUUGUGGAGGGCUAUUACUCUUCAGAUAGAAAUGCCUAUAGAAUGUAUUUGGAUUUUGACAUGGAGUAAUUGCAAUAAUGAAAUAAAGAGAAAAUUUGAUCUUUCCAUGAUCCUGCAGCUGUCUCAUAUUCUUUUUACGUACUAUGGGGAGGGUGACGUUUAUGCAGUCUUACCCUACCUUGUGAAGGUAGAGUUGUUUCCGAUAGAACAAGCAUGUAAUGUAAAUAU